AUGGAAGAUACCGGAAAAGAACCGGGUCAUCCCAGCUCUGAGGACACAUCUGCAUCAGAAGAACCCUCAAACAAUUUCGAAUUGGAUACAACAGCAAAACAGAUGGCUCGAGCGGAAAAGGCAAAAGCCAUCCGCAAAGCAUGUGCGGCGCGCGAUGUGGAAGCCUUGGCUGUGCACGCAACUUCAGAAGGCGGGUUACUUGAAGAUGACUUGAGACAGAUAGCCUGGCCUAUUUUGUUACGUUGCGACGACCAAAUACGACAGUUUGAUACGGCCCCAAGUACUGAACUUUUACGACAUGCCGAUGAGGAACAAGUAGAACUCGACGUCAACCGAUCAUUUGUCUAUUACCCAAAAGCUCCCGAGGAGGAGAUGUUGAAAAAGAAAGAGCAGCUAUCAAAACUGAUCACCCAGGUGCUUAGGGAAUACCCUAUGCUUUGUUAUUUCCAAGGAUAUCAUGACAUAGUCCAAGUUCUUCUUUUGGUACUAGGCGAGAAGCAGGCCGUGCCAGCAGUAGCACAGAUAUCCCUUUUCCGCAUACGUGACUACAUGCUACCAUCGCUGUCUCCAGCCGUGAAACAUCUUCAUCUCAUUCCUGCAAUAAUCGAAACAACGGACCCUGAGCUAAGACGACACCUUGACAAUAUUGAACCAUUCUUCGCUCUCGCAGCUACACUGACACUAUACGCCCAUGAUAUUCAAGAGUACAGCAAUAUCUCACGAGUUUUCGACUUUGUUUUAUCUCGUGAACCUGUGGUUGCAAUUUACCUCUUCGCAGCAAUGAUCCUGUCUAGGAAAAAAGAGUUGCUGGCAAUACCAGUGUAUGAACCCGAGAUGCUUCAUUUUACGCUUUCUAAGCUGCCAUGCCCACUUGAUCUUGAUGGACACAUUCUGCAUGCGGCUCGGCUCUUUGAUGACCACCCGCCGAAAUCCUUGCCGUUUGGAGCCUGGAAACAUAUUCCCUGGUGUAGCGUGCUCAAGACUUCACGAGACCCACAUCGCAAGUGCACCCCAGAAGACGCGAUGUACUUUUUUGAAAAGCAAUCCCAACAGAUUCGGGCCGAAGAACGCAGGAAACGAGCUAUGGAUUUCUUAUGGAGCCACCGUCGCUCCGUGGGUUCUGUGUUACUGGCUAUAUUGGUUGGAACUGCAUCUUUCUAUAUCCGCAAAAAGGGACUCGACACCUCGAUUUGGUCUUAUGUUGGCCGAAUUCAAAGGGCAAUCCGGAACUGGGUUUAA